CGGGGCACUUCAGAAUGUUGAGAACUAAAAAUCGAUUAUUCGAUUAAUCGAACGUCGACUUACAUAUCCCUAGUCUCAGAUAAUUGAGAAAUUUCUAGUGUGAAACAUCUGCGAAACAAUACAAAAUAAAAAUAAAUUUGAACGUAGUAUAAAUUGAAUUUCACAAUGUUGUUGCGACUUGCAUCAUCAUUACCCGGUCGUUUGGUGACCACCAACAUUUCGACUUCUGCUAAGCAAGUGCUGUUGGCUCCUCGAUUGAUUAAACCCAGCAACAAUAAUGUCCUUGUGCGCAACUACGCCCGUAGUCCACGUGAAAAUCACAUUGUACGCGGUGAGGUACGAAGCCGUGGACCAACUUUGAAGGAACGUUUGAUGGCUCCGCCUUCGGCAAAUGCCUACUCCUUGGGCAAAGGUGCUGCUGCAGGAGCAGCUGGCGUUGGCUUGGGCGCCCUGUGUUACUAUGGACUCGGUUUAAGCAGUGAGUCGAGUAUUCAAAAUAACAUGAUCCUCUGGCCCCAAUAUGUUAGAGAUCGUUUGCACACCACUUAUGGCUACUUUGGAGCAUCCUGCGUUCUUACCGCCCUUUCGGCAGCAGCUGUUUUCCGUUCGCCACGUCUUUUGGAUUUGGCAACUCGUGGCGGUUGGUUGUCCACAUUGGCAACAUUUGCUUUGGUAAUUGGUACCGGGGCCAUGACCCAAUCUAUACAAUACAAAGAAGGUUUGGGUCCCAAGCAGUUCUCAUGGCUUUUGCAUUGUGCUGUUUUGGGUGGAGUUAUUGCCCCGUUGUGCUUCUUGGGCGGUCCUUUACUAACACGUGCGGCAAUUUAUACCGGUGGUGUUGUUGGUGGCCUAUCCACAGUGGCUGUUUGUGCUCCCAGUGAUAAAUUCUUGUAUAUGGGUGGCCCCCUUGCCAUUGGUCUUGGUUUGGUAAUGGCUUCAUCAUUGGCUGGCAUUUGGUUGCCCCCAACCACAGCUUUGGGAGCAGGUUUGGCUUCCUUAUCCUUGUAUGGUGGUUUAAUUUUGUUCAGCGGCUUCCUACUUUAUGAUACACAGCGUAUUGUACGCAAAGCUGAGGUUUAUCCUCAAUACUCGAUGCAGCCAUUUGAUCCCAUAAAUGCGAGCCUUUCGAUUUACAUGGACGCCUUGAAUAUUUUCAUUCGCAUUGCAAUGAUUUUGGCUGGAGGUGGUGGCAAUCGCCGCAAAUAAAUCUGAUUAUUUUUUCGAACGAAGUACUUUAAUCUUUUUCCUAGUUCGAUGAAUGUCUUAGCGCACUGAGUGAUGGGUCUUGGGCUUGAUGAAAGCUUAUUGACAUAAAUUAUAGCUGUAGUUAUUAUACCUAUAUUAAUCCGAUAAUAAAUUAUUGAAACAAAA